CCGCCCCACGCUGCCCACUCCCGAUAGUUCUGCCGCUCGCCUGCGCCCCGGAAGCUGCCCCUGCUCGGGGGUCACGAUGGGCAGCAAGAUGGCUUCCGCCAGCAGGGUCGUGCAGGUAGUGAAGCCACAUACUCCAUUAAUAAGGUUCCCUGACAGAAGAGACAAUCCUAAACUCAGUGCCUCAGACGUUUUGAGAUCUGCUGGGCUACCCUCUCACUCUUCUGUAAUUUCACAGCAUUCUAAAGGAAGCAUAUCCCCAGAUCUGCUGAUGCAUCCGGGGCCCCCAGACACUGCAGAAAUACUAAAAACAUUACCUCAGAAGUACAGAAGGAAACCUUUAUCUCAAGAAGAAAUGGACUUUAUCCAGCGUGGAGGUCCAGAAUGAUCGCUGUGGCUGCUGUUUGUCGCCAGACAAAAGGAUUAUCUUUACAAUAAAGGACUUCCAAAAUGUCAAAUGAAAAUUGUAUAUUAAGCAACCUUAAUAAAUAUUCUGCAAAAAGAGUGAAGUAUAGAAACUCUAGAUGGCCACUUGUAUCUCCUCAAUGUAUCUUGGUCAGCUUCUCUAACAAGCUGGCCUGCAUACCUAUUAAAGUCACAUUUUUACAUAUUAGCCUGUUAACUUACUCUUGAUUAUGACAUAUUACCAGUGAUGAGCUAUUAAGUAUCUAGUGAACAGAUUUUCUCCUUUGUCUGUUUAGACAUAAAGACAUUAGUGUAAUUCCUGCUAUGGGGAAUCUUCUCUCCUAAAAUUAGAUGAGGAACAGUGAGAUAUUUCCACUUCUUUUUUUUAAAGAUUUAUUUAUUAUGUAUACAGUGUUCUGUCUGCAUGUCAGAGACUCAGGGAGUUCGAGACCAGCCUGGUCUACAAAGUGAAUUCCAGGACAUCCAGAGCUGCUACACAGAGAAGCCCUGUCUUGGGGAAAAAAACAAAACAAAGAAAACCAAGUGUCUGUAUUGUAAGGAGCAUUGGCAUCUGUGAGUGAGUGGAGCCCUGAGUUAGCAUGAGCAUGGCCGUGUCUAGGACUCGAAGCCUCAGCCCCACAGGAACGGUAAAGCCUUCCUUCCUUGGCUAGGCUCAGAGGGACCAAGUAUUGGUGUCUAUGAGUGAGUGACCGAUGUGCGCAAAGACUAGCAGCUGCAGCUUCCUCCUCCUGAUGCUCUUCCUGCCUGAGAUGCUAUCCUACAGAGACCUACCCUCGCCAGCUCCUCCCCAUGUGCUAUACCUGAUGAACUCAGCUUCCAGGAGCAGCAGGAGAACCCCAGCGUUACUGUACAUGUGUCUAUGUGUGUCAUUGCUUCACUGUGUCACCGUUCUGAGUCAGGGUUCCAGAACCCAAGCCCAGUGGGUCACAGCAGUGGAUAUGAAAAAUUUCUGCACCCCAAUAAGCCUCUUGGCGACACAGCAAUCCAAAUCAGACCAAAUCAAACCGAAUCAGAAAAAACCUGGAUUUAAUGAGUAAAAUGCUUCCAGAUGAUUUGCCAGCCCUCCAGAGAGGAGAUAGGGAGGAGAUACCAAAAAAAAAAAAGUCUGUUUUCUGGAGGGCAGUUUUAAGUACCUUGUAGGAGUGGUCUUGAGCAUCUCUGGGGUAGGAAUUGUGUUUGUGUUUACUGGUCUUUCAGAGAUGAGGCAGGGUUUGGGAAGAGAUGGGAGAGGAGGAUUGAGGUGGUGCUUCCACCAGAACACUCCAGACUCUUUGGGUAUAUGGAUGCCAGAGCCUGGGAUGGAAUUUCCACCUGAACAUCCCAGACUCCUUGGAAAACUGGAGGGUGGAGGGACAUCAAGUAUCUGGACAGACCAAGUAUCCUGACUAGGUGCCUGCCUGAGCCUGGAGAGAUGGUACCAGCAUGGAUGUCCCAGGAGCUUGGCACCUGAAGCAGUCAGUGGUGAGGAUCACAGCAUAGGGUCCUGUCCAUUGGGGCUUGACAGACUUAGAAGCUAGUUGUUUGAGGAGUACUCUGCUCCCUGGGGAAACUGGGGCAAGCUCUGAGGCAGUUGGGUCUGUUUGUGUGGGGGCAGGGAGAUACCUGUCUGCCUGUGAAUGGAGAAGAAACUCAGAGGGAAGAGGUAGGGGAGGUAUCCAGUCAGUGGAGGAAUUUAGGCAGGGAAGUGGCGAUUGAGAAGGAAGGAGCUCAAAAGGGCUCAGGCCUGUAGGAGGGCGUGGGGUGACCUGGAGGCGGGUAAGGCAAUGGGGAGAAUGGAGGUCCUUGCCUUCACCUUGGAGGACCCUGACACCCCAUCCUCCAGACAGCUUACAUGGACUGUUCUCCCUCGGGGUUUCCGGGACAGCCCCCAUUUCUUUGGCCAAGCCCUGCCUCGGGAUCUCUCCACCUUUGACCCCGUCCUAGCACGCUCCUGCAAUACAUAGAUCUCCUUAUCUGCUGUUCCACCCUGCCUCUGUCCCAACAGGCCACCUCUUUGCUCCUGAACUACUGUGGCUCCCUGGGAUAUUAUGUUUCUCGAUAUAAGAUUCAGCUAUGUUCUCCCACUGUGGUGUUUCUGGGCUUUCAAUUCAGCCUGGGGUCUAAGGCCCUCACCUCCGACAGAGUCCAGGCCCUGCAGGAUUUACAGCUCUGACCACAGUGGCUCAGAUUCUCUCAUUUUGGGGCCUGAUGGGAUUACUCCGUCACCAGACCCCUAACUUUGCCAUUACGGCUAAGUCCCUGUACCAGGCAGCCAGAGAGACUCCCAAGGGGGCCCUCAUCCACCCAUCCGCUGUCUGCCCCACUUCUCUUUACUGAGAGAUGCCUAUCUAAGGGCCCCACCCUUGCUCUUCCAGACCCCUCUCGACCUUAUCACUUUUAUACAGAUGAAAGGUUAGGAGUACCCCCCCCCCCCCCGCCCCGAGGUCCUAGUCCAACUGGUUGGGCCUUCAAAUCGGGUCAUCAAAUUUUUGUCCAAAAAACUGGACCCUACCCCCACUAUCGGGGGGAGGCAGCUAUGCUCGAGAGCCUUAGCAGCAGUGGCUGAACUCACAGGGGUUCUCUCUCUCAAGAUCACCCUGUUCCAGCCAACUAUGGUUCACUCCUCCUGCUAGACAGGUGCCAAGACCAAUCUGCAGGGGUUCUCCAGAUGUCCUCAAAGACAGCCCCUGCGCCAGACAGGUUGAUUUCACUCACAUGCCCACCCAUAAAAAAACUCCGUUAUCUCCUAACUCUGGUUGACACCUUUACAGGAUGAAGAGAAGCCUUCCCCACCUCCAGGGAAACAGCAGAUGUGGUGGUCCAAGUAGUCCUGGACCACAUCAUCCCUAGAUUUGGCCUGCCCCAGACCAAACAAAUGGACAAUGGGGCCAGCCUUCACCUCCAGGGUCAUGGAGCUCGUUCGUGUUGGAAGCUCUCAGUAUUUCCUGGAUGAUCCACAUUUCCUAUCACCCACAAUCCUCAGGAAAGGUCGAGAGGGCCAAAGGUCUCAUCAAACAACAGGUCAAGCUCUCCACUGAACUCAGGUUAUCUUGUUCCUCCCUUCUCUCUGUUGCCCUUACCCACCUCCAGGCCACUCCGUGCUCUCCUACAGGCCUGAGCCCUUUGAGCUCCUUCCUCCUUAAUCACCACCUCCCAACCCAAACUCCUCCAUUGGCUGGGUACCUCCCCUUCCUCUCCCUUCUGAAGUCCUUUCUCCAUCGUUCACCAGAGCCUGCCCUUGUCUGUCCAGCAGCUUCGUCUGUCCAGAUACUUGAUGUCCCUCCACCCUCCAGUUUCCCAAGACGUCCCAGUGAAGGGCCCAUCUACUCUCCUGCCCUGAGCAUUCAUUCAACUUUGUCAGUACAACUAGGGCAGGUGUUAAUAAUCUAUUUUUCCUAGCAUCUUGUCUUUUCUGCUUGCUCAAGCAACAGAUGCCUGAGGUCUCCAGGAUGACAGUUAAUGGAUGCUUCUCCACCCACAUGUCCUGUUGAGUGUGAGCCCACCGACUCCUGAUUCCCCUUCCUCACAUCUUCCCAAGCCCACAGGAGGCAGCCAGGCAUGAACUGGCGUCCAUAUACCCAAGGAGUCUGGGAUGUUCAGGUGGAAACUCCACCCCAAGAACCUGGCAUUCAUAUAUCCAAAGAGUCUGAGAUGUUCUGCUGGGAGUUCCACCCCAGGUCCUGAGAUCCAUAUACCCAAUGAGUCUGGAAUGUUUGGUGGAAGUGCCACCUCAAUCCCCUUCCCCCAUCUCUUUCUCCCUAGACACUGUCUCAUUUCAGAAAGCUCAGUAAACAGGGCUUUUCCCCCAGAGAAGCUCAAGACCACACCUACAGGGUAUUUAAACUGCCCUCCAGAAAACAGACAUGUUUUCUUGGUCUCUCUUCCCUGUCUCCUCUCUGGGGGACCAGAAAAUUAUCUGGGGGCGUUUUACCCAUUAAACCUGGGCUUUUUCUGAUUCAGUUUAAUUUGGUCUGAUUUAGAUUGCUGUGUCCGUGGAGAGCUUGUCAAGGUGCAGAAACUUUUCAGCAUAAAGUAAAAAUAAUGCAUAAGAUGAAUAUAGCAUAGGAACAAAUAUUUUACCACUUAUUCAAAUUGCUACUUACUAUGUUUGGGAGGAUGUUCAUUUGUCUAACUGUUUGUGAUCAUGUUUGUAAAUCCUGAUGAAUAACUUUCGCUAUCUCAAAGGCUGAGAGUCUUAAAAUCCAACUUACAUGGCAACCAAUGAAACUAUAAUGGGUUCUCCUGCUAAUCUUCACAUAGCUGACUAAAUCCAUAAUGACUUCUAGAAUAUACUUUAUAAAGCAGUUGUCCUUAAUGUUGACUAGUCCAUGAUCAAUGGACACUAGAAUUGUGUUCUUUCCUUUUGUUCAAUCGCCUGUGGACUAAUCUUUACCUUUUUGUCAUUCCAGAGUUGAUUUGUUUUUCUUGCAAGUUCUGGGUUAUGAAUGUUGUCCCGAUGAGAAAUAAAGGUUUAUAUUUGAUGUUAGUAGUAAGCUAUUCUGGUAGCAUGAAAAAUAUAUAAUUCAUCUUUUUCUUUAUUCUUUUUUCUUUCUUUCUUUUGAGACAGGGUCUUACUAUGUAGUUUGGUUGACCUGGAACUCAUACAUAGACCAGGGUGACUUCAAAUGCAUAGAAAUCCCUGCUUCUGCAGGCUAGGAUUAAAGGCAUGCACUGACAUGCCCAGUUCUGUAUAGUUCAUGGUAAAGCCAUAGCUCUAUCAGUAGAGUACUUGUCAGGCAGUCCUGAGGGCCACAGCACCCAAAUGAAAAGCUGGGAGCAGCUGUGUACCUGUAAUCCGUCUGGGUAGGCAGAAAGACAAGUCCCUGGAACUCUCUAACUACCAGGCUACAUGAAUUAGUGAGCUCUGGGCUUAGUGAGAGACUAAGAAACACAGAUGUGGAGCUGGAGAGAUGGCUCAGAGGAUAAGAGCACUGCUGCUCUUCCAGAGGUCCUGAGUUCAAUUCCCAGCAACCACAUGGUGGCUCACAACCAUCUAUAAUGAGAGUGCCCUUUUCUGGCAUGCAGGAACACAUGCAGUCAGAACACUGCAUACAUAAUCAAUAGAUGUAAUAAUAAAAAUAAUAAAAUGGAACAAGAUCCCCAGAAAGGUCUCCAUGAACCCUAAAAAUACUUCUAUUUUUUAUUAUGAACACUGUAUACAUAAUAAAUCUUAAAAAAAAUCAGAUGUAGUGAUUGAAGAAGACACCCAACACUGACCUCUAGCUUCUGCAUAUACACCCUAAAUACAUGCAUACACCACACAAAAACACAUAGAUGAAUUAUUUUGGGGCUUGAGAUAUAGUCCAGUGAGCUCUUGCCUAGCAUUCACAAGGCCAUAGACUCCAUCCCAUGGCUUCAAAACAAAAAGAUGGUUUUCUUCAGUCUAUAGGUGUCUUACGUGGACCUAAGUGGUGACAAAGGGCUGAGGCAGUAAUAGGUAGCUAACUGCUUGCCAAAUAUUUGCUUCACCCCUGCAAAGUUAUUUAAGCUUUCCAGCAGCGUUUGAGUAGAGCCUAUUAUAGAGAAGGAAAGUAGGUAUAGACAGAGAUAAAUUUAAGUC